GUCGAGAGGUCGCGUGGUAGGAGCAGGCGACGAGCCACCUCCACCAUCCUCGGCGGAUCGCGCCGCCAUUGGCUGUGCCGGGAAGCCGGCAGCGCUCUCAUUGGCUGCCGGCGUCGGGUGUUGCGCAGCGCUGCCGGCACUGUCGCCUGCGGGAGAGCCGGAGGUGGCGUAAGGUGGCGGCCGCAGGCGGAAAGCAAAUGGAUCUCCUGCCAAAUUCAGCACCGCUGGCUACGAAACUGCGGAACACUCUGAUUCAGUACCACAGCAUCGGAGACAAUGAGUGGCGGGUUGUGAAGAAAACUAAAGAUGCAACUGUGUGGCGUAAACCAUCAGAGGAAUUCAGUGGAUACCUCUACAAAGCUCAAGGAGUGGUGGAAGACGUUACUAACAGAAUAGUGGAUCAUAUUCGCCCUGGACCUUAUAGGCUAGACUGGGACAGCUUAAUGACUACUAUGGACAUCAUAGAAACAUUUGAAGAGAACUGCUGUGUGAUGCGCUACACCACUGCUGGUCAGCUCUGGAACAUCAUAGCACCAAGGGAGUUUGUUGAUUUCUCUUACACUACAAGCUAUGAAGACGGUCUUCUAACAUGCGGUAUAAGCCUAGACUAUGGAGAGGUGAGACCUAACUGUGUCCGUGGAUUCAACCACCCUUGCGGCUGGUUCUGCGUCCCUCUGAAGGACUAUCCCAGCCACAGUCUUUUGACAGGCUACAUUCAGACUGAACUGCGAGGAAUGCUGCCACAAUCUGCAGUAGACACUGCCAUGUCUAGUACCCUGACCAGUUUCUACUCUGACCUCAAAAAGGCACUGAAAACAUAAACUAACUGUGACGUAGAAGCCCAUGCAUUUCUUGCAAUCGAAUUCUAUUGUUUAGCUUAGCAUAGGUUAGCUGCUGAGUUAAGAGGUGAGUAACAUUUUUCCUGAAUGAUGCCUGAACCUUUAUGUUGAGGGAUCCAAAAAACUUUACCAAGUACUUUUUGAUGUGAUACUUAGCAUAUAUUCCUAAUUCACGGCGUGGGAUUCCAUUUCCUGCUCAGCACUUUGCAGCUGUGUAAGGAGUAGUCCGAAUCUCUAAACCCCUGGCUUCCUAGGUAGAAAACACAAGAUGCAUGUAUGGGCUUGAAAAAUGCAGCAUGACUUUAGCUCUCAUGAGCAGUAGUAAGAGCAGGAUUUUGCUGUUGCAGGUCACUAUACAGGCAGCAUCUCAUUGAAGAUGUAGUUUUGUAAUAUAUAUCUUUUUAUAUUUUUUUAAUUUAUUUAGUUUGUACAGGUGCAUCUGUAGUUUGUUGUGAAAAAUUGCUUUGAUUUGUCUUGGGGAUAUUACAUAGCUAAGUUGUUAAAUGAUACUAUUCAUAAGAAAGCUAUUCGCUCUUGUUAGCAAAUAUAAGUAUUCAUUAUUGGCAUUUCUUCAGUGUUGUAACUUAACUAACUGUUGUAUAUAGCAGUCUCAGUGCAUAGAUGAAGAAAUGCCCUUACAGCUGAUCCAAAGCUCAUUUAAGUCAUCAAGUGUCUUUCCAUAGUUUUUAGUGAGCUUUUUUUUCAUCACACAGUUGUCAAAAUAGCAAAACUCCAGUGGAUCUUUUGUGAUACUCUGCACUUACAAGGAUUUUUUUACUUAAAUUUGCCGUAAUUGUGUGUGGUGGCUUUUGUUUGUUUGUUUUUGUCUUCCUUAGCUGAAAAUCCUGGAAUUACUAAAGCAACAGAAAGGACCACUAACUUGCUUUAGGUGUAGGCACUGGUGUAGCCACAAUAACUGCGAGUGUGCUGGCGUAGCACACUGGAGUGUAAUAUCCCUAGACUGAUCUUUUCAAUAAAUGAAAUUAUCAUUGUAAAAUAUUAGCCACAAGAGGCCAAAGCUCAAGAUGCAGAAUUGGUCAGAUCUGCUGCAGGAUGGAGGGUCAGGUUUUUAAGGGAAUUUAGCCACCCAGUGAUGCAGGCAACUGCUUUCAGAAGAUUACCGUGUGUGCUGCUAGGGACCUGAGUUCUGUUUAAAACCUGACAUUAAGCUUUUGAUGCUAGUAUGUGUCAUUUCCUCAAGUGAGCUUGUAAUUAUCUGUGUUCUUUACCUGUGCUAGUAGGGGCAAGUUUAGCUGAGUAGUAGUUUGGGGAGGUACCUUGGUGCCCUAAAUAUUUUGGGCCCAGUUGUAUACAUACAAUCCAAGGACUGGUAAUGAAAUCUCAGGAAAAAAAGAAAAUUAAAAUUAAAAUUAAAAUUGUUCCCCUGAAAUAUUGGCUUAUUUUGACACUGGCCACUAUAGCUGGAUUCUGAACAGUGAGGACUGUUAUUUCUCAUUGCUCAAGCAAAGAAAUAGAAAAAACAUGACACCAAAUAUAGUGAGGAUUCUUCCCGCAUGCUUCAUGUAUGAAGGCAUGUAGUACUGUUUGAGAUGGUUAAAAACAAUGACUUCAGACGGCCUUUGGUGUCCUCAUAGGCACAAAACGUCAACUUCCUAUUACAUUUUGUGUAUUCUGCAGUACCCUUUAAACUCCUUGGUUACUCUUCCCGUCUUUUCUAUCUUCCUUUUUUUUUCUCGCUGUACUGGAAUUUGACAAGGUGAUUUUUCACCACCAAGGACAUUAAGGAAUUUGUGUCAGCUGACAUGCUUUUUCCUUUUUUUUUUUGGUGUAUAUAGACAAAUCAAAAUUAUUUUUAUAUUACUAGUAUUUUCUAAAAAAAAUUUUUUAGGGAUGAAGGCAAUGUGACAGUCUAUGGCACUUUAACUAGUUGCUCUGUGAGUGGAUGGAAAAGGUGGCUAAAGACAGGACAAUUUUCAUGUUUGGCUUCUGUUCCUCAUCUAAAACCUCCAACAUUAAAUCUUGCCUGUGGUUGUGCUACUUACUUUACAUACGGAGAAGACGGAGAUUUGGCUAACUUCAAUUUGGGGUACUCUACCACAGCCUGCUGGGAGGUGGACCAGUACUUCAAGAUAGAUACUCUUGGAAUGGCACAAGGCCUGAUCUCAGAUUUGGUCAAUUUAUAAACAUGAAAUAUGAUGAAUUUAGAAAACAUUAAAAGAGUGUAUAAUUCCUCAGUAAUUACAAAUAACAAGAACUGAUUUGAUGGUGUGAGCUGGUGGUUCAACCUAAGAGGUUCAUUGCUGUAAAAGUAGCCAUAAUUCUAGUGAAUUCUAUGUUCAGAUAUAAUUCUAGUGAAACUAGUGCCUAUGUUCAGAAAAUAAAAAUCAGUCUAUCUAAACUGUAGUUUUAUCUGACUGUGUUCAGUAGUAAAGAGAUUGUAUUUAUAUUUCAAAUGCAUUUGCAGAAUAAAUUAAGUCAUUUAUUCAAA